AUGAGCGAGAUUCGCUUGAGUUCCUAUAGUGCCGUGUGCUGGCGCCCCGGAAAGGCUGGCUUCGUGGACGUGGUGGGCCCCAUUUCUUGCACAGAGCUGCCACAGCAGACGUCCUCGGGUAGUGGCACGGUGGUAUCUGCCCCGAUUGCGUUGGAGUGCGUCAGGCAACCUGAACAGGAUCUCAUCGUGUGGCUAGGAUGGAAGGGAUGCCGAGACUUCAAGAAAGGUGGGAAAGGUCUUCACAAAGUUCUCUACGUCUGCACGACCGUCACGCACUCCGGCGUCUUCUUCACCUACCACAAGGGUGAGCGGCUGGGGUUUGCGCUCAUCACCCACGACUCGAACGACCCGCAGAAGUUAGGGAAUAGGCCUACCCUCUACAAAGAGGAGCUUUCUGGCUUGAUGGCGGACGUCUUGCACGAUGGCGAAGGCAAAAAGACGUCCAAGCAGCUAAAGCAAAGACAACUGGUGACAGUGCGGCAGGCGGUCAUUCGCGAGACCCUCGAGGGGCACGUUCUCGCAGCUGUAUUCAUCAAUCGCCGCGGCGAUGUGUACGCGUUGGUGGCGCACUUGACAAAAAACGCGUGGCGCAAGUGGAGGAUGGAUGCCGCUAUCGGCUUUAUGCCGUGCAUCCAUGUUUCAGACGGCGGUCGCGAUGUGCGGCUUGUGCACUGCGACAUAGGCGAGCCCAUUGAUCACACCUCCACCACUGUCGCCCCUUCCCUUCCUUUGGCUCUCUUGACGUUUGAUCGCGUCUCGAUGAGCAGUGCCAUCUGGGCUGCGCAGGUGGUGGCCGCCGCAUCGCCUCUCCUGUGUGUGAGAUUCCGUGAGUUCAUUCUGCCCACGCGCGGAUCGGAGGUUGCGGCGGAGAGAGUCUUUCAGAGUCAGUGCGUCGAGUGCGUACUUGACAACGCCCGGAAAGUGCAGCAACCGUGCCUUGCCCAGGUGGAUGAGGCGACCGCAGUGUACACCGUGGUUGUAUCCUGGGAGCAGUCUAGCUAUCUCCUGCACAUGCGUCACUCGCUGUGCGGGUCAGGGCUGAUGACGAAUUGCACAAUGGUUGCUGGAUUGCAUCGGCCAAUCAGUGCGUGCACGCUCUCAAUUCCGAGCCUGCACCGACCUCGAGGCGCCCGGGUCUCGCUGGUGUUGUGCGACGACAUGAGAGUGUACUGCUGCGAGCACUUCGGGCAGGUAGCGUCGGUGUCGCUUAACAUUGAAGGCGUGGACUGCUCCGUAUUGACGCUCCCCGCGCCACCGGCCGGAAAGUCAACCAAGAAAGUAUGGACAGCAACGAUACUCCCAGCGCGGCUCAUACCGCUGCACAACCAAACAGAGGUUCUCUGCACGAACGGGACGGUUGGGCUGUUCUUACGCGUGAGUUACGCCAGUUUUAGCGAGACGGUGCCGGUACCGCCAGGCGUGGCGGUGGAGGGCACCAUCGAGACUGCCGGCUACGGCACGGCGACUGAGGUUGGGGUUGGAGCUGCUGCACUCCGUCUGUGCCUGGAGUCGUUGCAGCGGCUCUCGGUGCGCACUGCCCGCCACGACCUGCCUGAUGUGGUGUUUCGCCACAUCAUGCCGCACCUGCGCUACGUGGGUACCUCGCAACAGGAGGUGAUGCUGAUGCAACGGGUGUACGAGCAGCUGCUGCAGAUGGCCAAGCCGAUCCUAGAGUCCGAGUGGACCUAUCUCUGGUCGCUCACCUCUCUUCUCCAAAAGGCCCUCGUGAAGCGCGGCAGAGAUAACCAACUUCGGUACACUGACACCUUCUUUCUGCAGCUGGCUGACGCGUACCGGCAGAGCAGCUUCGCCUCUCCUAGCGGGGAGACGUUAGUGGGGGACGGUGUCCGCUCUGUCGUGUCGGUGGAAGCGCAAGGUGUGAUCGCAGCACCGACGGCGACCCUGCCCGCAGAGGUGGGCUAUGUCCUCGACGGGCUGGCGGCAGGCGUUGCCCCGGUGGCGUUAGCGGAGGAAAUCGUGCGGCGCAUGGUGCGCACCGAGACUCUCUUGAACGACAUCUGCGUUGUGUCGUCUCAGGAUGGCGUGGCCAGCUGCGUGCACUGCAUGGGAUGUGUUCUUGUGGCGAGUUGUCUAGACCUGAGUGUAUUUGCAAUCGCUGACGAGGCGGGCGGGCUGCGUGUGUCUCUUCAACGACCGCAGGAUGGCGUAUGCGUUGCGGUUCAACCGUACACCUUUGCGAACCAGGAGGAGUUUGAAACCGCACUGUCCUUAGCAGGCGAUCUCCUUUGCGUCUACUCCGCCGAUGAGUCAUUCAGGCCCGAUGUGGCGCUUCUCACGCUGAGCAUUGGGAGACGGCAGCAUUGCCUGACUACCUUCCUGCAGCUGUUUGCUCCCGUGUUGCGUCAAGCCGUCGAUGCAGUGAUGCCGCUAAGCAGCAAUAGGGAUUGGUUCGAGAAGUGCGUCGCCACACUGGCGCAGCCAUCCACUGAAUGGGCUGUCAGUUUGCUGCGCAAGGGCAGCAGCGACAGCUUCACUAUCACAGCGGCACUCUGCCACGUACUGUGUACAGCGCACAACGGCGUGGAUGCUGUCUUUUUUCGGAGUCUCUCGGGCACCCUCUCCGUAGAGUUCUGCGCCACCGCGCUGGUUGCUCGUAUCUUCCACCAGACAGAGCGUCUCCUGGCUGCGACCCAGAAUUACGCAUCGGCAUUGGCGACCUAUAUAUCAACGCACAGGAGUGAAGCAGAACAGGACACCCAUGCUCAGGCGAUGGACGUGGGCCGGAAGCGUCUGCAUACGGUACUGGCGCAGACGUCCGCCUUGUGGACGCAGAUGGACUCCCUGUCUCCCUACCCUGUACGUGAUGUAGCGGAGAGCUACCGCAUCUCCGUUGGCAUCUCACUAGCGCCCGUCGCGAGCACGGCGUCCGCAUUGACGGAGGGCACAAUGGUGUCACGCACGCUCGUGCUGUGCUUCCGCAUCUUCUGUCUCGUGCAAUACUCGCUGGAGGUCGAGAAGGACGCGAGUCUGGCAGUAAGUGCUGAGUCGGCUAGUUGGACAGCGGACGACGCCAUUGUGAGGGACUGCCAAGGAGCUCUGGAGGCCCUCUACCUGCUGGCGGACAGCCCGUUUCCGCUCGAGUGGCUCCAGUGGAAGUUUAUGUCACACGUGAGGUACGCAGCUACCAUCAGGCCAACUUGGGUCCCGUUCCUAGUGCGCCUUAUGCAGCUGUCGAAUGUGCGCCAGAGCAGUAGUGAGAAACUCAAGCGCGACUUCUACACACUGCUGGGGGCCCUGCAGAUCCAUGACGUGUCUUCUACAACAAAAGUGGCAGAGGGGGAUAUUCAGAGAGCUAUCGCAGCGGCAGAGUCCACCGUUGGCGCUGUUGCUAUCCAGGCAGGGCACUGCGGUCCAGCGGCUGGAACGGAAGGUGAUCGCCCAGCGCAAUCAAGGCCUACCGUUUUCUUCAUCUUCUCCCACCAGCGCGAUCCAUCGCUGCCCAGCUGGACGGACUCGCACUCGCUGCCAGAGCGACGGCACCUUUUUGCUACCAACUGGGCCGACGCACUGUGGACGCUGGAGCGGGUACCCGGCGCUCUUCAAAAGGCCUGCGCUGCAGCCCUCGCUCGAGUGCAACUUGCAGCCUCUGAGGAGUCGACUACGUCACGAGAUAGGCACCACCUGCCGGCGCUCUCCGAGGAGCUCGCUCUUUCCCUCUAUGCACAUCUCUAUCGAUUGAGUCCUCCGGUGCGGAUACACGCCAUUGCAGACGCGGCACCGGCCGAUGGCGACGGUGCGCGCGGUGAUGUGCAGCAGAGUGAAGCGCGUGUCCAAGAGUAUGAAGAGGCCUCUCGCGAGCCCACAGCGACCCCCGAGAAGCUCGCCGCAUCGCCUCAGCAGGAGCAAGCACCAGUGACUGUUUUACCUUCUGCGAACAUGACGACAUCUGGGCCGCUCCUCUCGUUAAGCGUCGAGCCCGAGGCUGCGGUGCGCACCGGCACUAGUGAACCGACACCAAGGGAGCAACCAAGCAGCAAAGCCAGCGCGAGCGCUGAUGCUUCUGCAGCCGCUGAACUAGCAGCCUCGACGCGGACAGGUCUGUACUCUCCAGCGAGCGUGGCGUGGUGGGACACGCUAGAGACGACACCAAACCCACAGCGCUCGUUUGGCGUGAAGGCGGAGUGUGCCACCGCAACCGCCACGUCGCCCGUCACCGCCGACGACAACGGCGAGAGCUCCGACACGGCCACGACGUACACGACAUCGACCAGCUACUACGCCGACCCGGUCGCCAUGUUCAGGUCAUAUCAUCCCCGUUGCUACACGAGAGGCGACGGGCACAUGGCAGUGGACAGUGUAGGCAGCAGUAGUAGUAGCCUGGAGUCGCACUGCUGCAGACGCCGGUAUGCUGCCGCUUCCUCGCCAGCGCAGUACGGAGCAAGAAAGAAGUGCCGCUGCUGCAGCCGACCGUUGCGCGUGGACUCCCGCGGCCGGUCAGUUGGGCGGCGAGGCGAGGUUGCCGAUGAGGCUACACCAAUACGUGUGCAGUGGAGAGAGACUGCGGAGGAAACGACCCCAACGCAUGUGCAGCGGCCGCCAGUCGCCGCGAAGUCGCCAGCAGCUGCUGCGGCACGUCCAACAGAUCUGGCCUUUUCGACUGCUCUGCAGCCCCCAAAGGAACCCUCACGCGUUGCGUCCCCAAUGCCCCUGUUGACGUUUUCACUUGCACCAAACAGAAAGGAGGCAUCGCGAGUGCGGCUGUACGUGUUAGACGGCGACCGCGCCCGCCUUGCUGAUGAACAAGAGACAGUGUUGCUGUCGACCGCCAGCCGCCCUGUUGCCGCUCCCACGACAGGUACCUUGCUGGAGGUGCCACCACUGCCUGCGACGAGCGUCUUUGUAGCUCCUCAGCCUCUUCUGCGUCUCCCCCCGCAGCCUGCGGCAGCGCAGCUCGAGCGUCGUGCGAUACGCGCAUCAGAUGCAGCGGAGGCAGCACAGCCGGUGAGGUUUGUCCAGAUGGAGCGUCCAUAUCCGCAAGCUCCGCGCGCACCCGCUGGCGUUGCUCCGCCAGCAGUAGAUAUUGCCACCUUGCAGACUCCCGCCACGAACGCACCUGUGCCUGUUCGCCCCGCUGAUGAGAUCGCCUCUGCAUCUGCCUGUGCAGCAGCACCAGUCGCUGCCCCAUAUGUGCCGCCCGCUCCUGCCAUUCUGACUCCCCGGCCGGUCCCAACGGUGUCUCCUGUAGCUGAUCCUAGUGUACUCAGCCCUGCGCAGAUGUGUGAAUUUCGCCGCUACAUUGACGACCUGCUGGCCCGACAGAGGGGAACUGCACCGCUGCACGUCGCGACGACUGCGUCGGCUCUGACUGCAGCACCUCCGACGCCGGAGAGCGCCACCGCAGCACCCGCAGCCACCAAUUUUGUCCGCACUGCAGAGAUAGAGCGACUGCUCGAGCAGCAAGACAGCUUUAUCCGAAAAUCCGAAGCCAUUCUUGAGGCACUGCACGCUGAAAAUGAUGGCUUUCAUCGGCGGGUAAUGGAGAACAUCCGCAGCCUCACCACUGUUUCCCAGCAGUUGCGAGGAUUGAGCCCGGUGGAACAGGCGCAGCUCGUCCAGGACACUGUCAAGCAACGAAAUGAGCUACUCACCCUCAACCAUCAGCUUCUAGAACUGCAGUUGGCUGCUGCCCGUGUCAGUGGUGAGGUGCCGCCGGUGCCCACCACUGCUUCAGCAAGCUCUCAAGCCGCUCCGCAGCGCGUGACUUCCACUAGUGCAACCCAGACGCAGGCACAACUGAGGGAGAGCGUUGGCGUGUCAUGGGCAACAACGGACGGCUUCACGGCAUCCACAACGGCUGCUGCCGCCACUGCACCUUCACCCAUCAAAUGGGCGCCAGGGCGCGAAGGAAUGCGAGAGACUCUGGCCGACCUACAUCGGCUCAACGCAGAGCUCAUGGCAGUGGGCACGUCGGCGGAAGCCAUGGAGAAGGCCAUCAAGGAGACCCGUGAAGUCAUCCAGCGGUACGAACGGUACAAGAUGGCAGAGGCGCUGACAGCGGAGGGAGUUGCCCUGACCUCAGCGAUGCGCCAGCGCACUGCUGCGAUUGAGCGACGACUAGCGGAGCUGCCGAAGACGGUCGAGCGAACUGCCGCUCCUGGCGAAAAGCGAUCCUCGAGUGUGUGGAUACCUCAGCGCUCAGUGGCGGAAACGGUCGGGGACCCGCUGGCAGGUGUGCAACCCGCCGCAUGGCGCCCGGCAUUCAUCUCGAGCGCGGGCGGAGUGCCAUCGCCCUCGUCACACUUACCAGCGCAGGCUGAGACGUCAGCGGUGGUGACAGAGGAUGCACUGCUCUCACGGGACGUGGUGCAGUACUUGCCGUCGUGCAACCCACUCGGAGCGAUGUCGCCCUCCACCUCUGUGCCCCAGAUGGCGAAGGGGCCGCAGCCGGAGCUACAGGCUUCUCCCACAGUCUCAGUGUGUACUGCACCUGUCGCCUCGAUUGCAAAACCACCCGACUUCGCAGUGUUCACCUCUGUUUCCUCGACACCCAUCGAUGAAGUGAUGAUGCCACGGUCCGCAACGCAGGAAGCGCCGCAGCCCAAUGUGGGUCUUCAUGCUGAGUGGACUACCGGUGGUGAGGUCCCGAGUCUGCACGUCCGUGAAACAAUGAAGCCUACCAACCUUGAUCUUCCACGAGCCGUGUCUCACGACAUAACUGCACCACGAGUCACCGCUCAGUUGUGUGAUCCGAGCAGUUCGCUCGUAGAGGACGGUUGUCGGUACGAGGCGCUAUGCAACUCAAGUACUGCUCCGCUGCACCGGAGAGUAGAAGCCCUUCCUCUCCGCAGUUUGCUGGGAUGCUCACAGGCACUCAAGCCCCACACUGUGGAGCGACGCUGCUCACCAAAUAGUCACUUGUGGACACGGCCUCAUCACAUGUGUGAGGAGCGCUAUGCCAUGUACCGGGCGACGUCGAGGUCAGCAAAGGUACGCCCGGCAGCCGCAGCCAGAUCUAAUAUGCCUGGCCACCGGUGUGUGUUGACUGGUGAUGCUUUCGUGGAUCGACAGCAAAGGAGACGCUUGGCUAGCAUUGCCAAGCGCAUGGAGCAGCUAGAGGAGGAUCUCUUUGCGUAG